CCGCCGCGAUAGGUAACGUGGCCGGCUCAUCGCUAACACCUGUGGCUGUGUCGUGCUGUGUAGUGUUGUGUUUAAAAUUUUUAUGAAUGAAUAACCGGUUUUGUGUGAUCUGGUUUAAGUGAUUGAUGGAUUGACCUGAAUGAGAACCCACGGUGUGUAGUGGUUUCUUAUUGGAAUUACACAUCGAUAUGGCGACGGCGUAAUAAACAAGUGAAAUCUUCUAAGUAACAAAAGUGUUUUUUAUAAAGUGACGAAGUGACAAAAUGAGGUGACCAGUGGCUCAGUGGAUAAUUAUGCUCUUUGUUGUCCGCCGAUAUCAACAUGUGUGUUGUACAACGGACUGUCGCUUUUGUGUGUGUGCUAUCAGUGGUCACCUGCUUCGAGCAGCAGUACUUCAGGAUAUCCCCUAAAAGCCUCCGCGUGCACGAAGGGUCGGAGGCUGUGUUGGAAUGUGCCGUCGCCAAUCUCGCAGGUCAAGUGCAGUGGGCUAAGGAUGGAUUUGCACUUGGUUUCUCGUCCGUGAUACCAGGCUACCCUCGGUACACGAUGUUCGGCGAUCGACGACAUGGAAUCUAUAACCUUCGUAUCGUUAACGUCUCGUUAGUCGACGAUGGCGAGUUCCAGUGUCAAGUUGGCCCGGCGCAGAUGCACAAGGUCAUCCGAGCGAACGCGACCCUGUCUGUGAUAUCGGCCCCGAGCUCGGUAGAGAUAGUGAAUCACCCGCACAAUUCCAAGUUGGAGGUGAAGGAAGGUGAUGACGUGGUGAUGGAGUGCCAGGUGAACAACGCCAAGCCCGCGGCCAGGAUCGUGUGGUAUCGCGGCAAUCAGGAGCUGAAAGGAGAUCGAGUUACCAGUGAAGAUAUCAGAGAAGUGGGCUCUCCAACUGGAAACCCGAAAUCUGUCAGAUAUACAACUGUGUCACGAGUUCACUUCAAAGCAACUUCAGAAGAUGAUUAUGCCGAUUUCACCUGCGAAGCGAAACAUGACGCUUUGAACAGAGAUCUACCAAUGAGGACGACUGUGCAACUUAGUGUCCUAUAUCCACCAGGAGCGCCAUACAUCGAGGGUUAUGCCGAGGGAGAGACAGUCAGACGCGGCCAGAGUUUGGAGCUGGUCUGCAGAAGCCGUGGAGGAAACCCUCCAGCUCAGCUCAUCUGGUACAAAAAUGGGGAGCAAAUCCGCAUGGCGUACAGAACGAGUGGUCGCAUGUCGGAGAACGUAUUAUCGUUCAAGGCUGACGCCUCAGACAAUAAGGCGCGGUACACAUGUGAGGCGAAGAAUAUCAUGAUAAGUAACACGCUGAAAGCCGAAAUAGAUCUGACUGUACUUUUCGCACCCUCACACGUGACUAUAUCAGGUCCGUCUGAAGCCCGUGUCGGAGAUCCUGUGCCCCUUAGCUGCACCACAGCACCGUCCAACCCUGCUGCCGAAAUCAAGUGGCUAGUUCUUGGCAAGCAGCAUAGAGACGCCAGCAACAGAACUGUUAUAUCGCCUGAAGGAGGAUGGAUCACAUCAUCAAAUAUAACAGUGGUGGUGGAACCAAACCGGCGCUCCAUCGUGGUGGUGUGUCACGGCAUCAACGCACAGCUUACUGAGAAUGUCGUUUCUACUCACACCAUCAAUGUUCUAUAUCCUCCGUCAGCACCGAUGAUAACUGGUUACAUUCCGGGGACCACUCUGGCAGCUGGUACUGUCCAGAAGCUGUCCUGUAUUUCUUCGGGGGGAAACCCACUUGCAACACUCACUUGGUUCAAAAAUGAUAAGAAGAUUCACUCGGUGGCGAAGACAACGGACAAGUCAGUGUCGGCGGAGAUAUCGAUUCUCACAAACGUAACGGACAAUCAGGCGCAGUACAGAUGCGAGGCCACAAACACAGCGACGGAGAUACCUCUGUUCGAAACUGUUACCCUCAAUGUGCAUUUUGCCCCUGAAGCCGUGAAGGUUAGAGUGGAGCCAGAGGAGCCCCAACCAGGAUUAGAAGCGACGCUGUUCUGUGACGCGGCGUCCAGCAACCCGCCUGCUACGCUAUCCUGGUGGAGAGAUGGAAUACCCGUACAAGGUCUUCCGAUGAAAAUGAAUAAAGGUCUGCACGGCGGGACUGUUUCUACCAUCGAACUAAAGCUGAACAUCACCAAGGACCUCAACGGCGCCGUCUACACGUGCCAGGCGCUGAACGAAGCUCUGCAGAGGAGUGUUCAUGACGCACUCACUUUGAAAGUUCUAUAUGCUCCUAUCUUUGAUGAAAGCACACAAACGACAGCAGUGGGUGUGGAGAAUGAACAGCUGAUAGCCGUAGUAAGGGCUGACGCAAACCCUAGCACCAUCACAUACACGUGGACUAAAGACGGCCUUCCGAUAACGCAGAGUUCGUACAGCACAGCAAACGAUCGAAUCAUAUCGGAAGGCGCCAUGUUGAACAUGACCCGUCUGUCUCGCCACGACGCAGGAGUUUAUACGUGUGAAGCAGUCAAUUCUCAGGGCGCCGCUGUCAUCAACGUCACCGUAUCAGUUCAUUAUGCAGCAGAAAUCAAGACUGUGUACCAGAAUGGUAUCGCAAAUCCGAAUGAAGAUGCUGUGUUAGCAUGUUCUGCUACAGGUAACCCUUUAACCGCCGAACAUAUUCGAUGGGAGCGAAAAGACUACGAUAUCUCCACCCGACUUGUUACGUACGAGGCACGGAACCAAACCAGCUACCUAGUCAUUGACAAAGCAACUAGAGAAGACGUGGGUAACUUCGUGUGCAUUGUCAGCAACGGGAUUGGUGGAGAGGCCAGACAGGAAGUGACGUUGGUUGUCAAGUUCAAGCCGGAAAUGGAUACGUCGCCGAAUCUGAUCAAGUCUGCCACGAAUGUUGGACAAGUGGGGCGGCUGACUUGUCGAUGUAAAUCUGCACCCGCGCCGAAUUUCACAUGGUCAAAGAACGGCGCUAAACUCCCCGUGAAUACAUCCACCAAAUUCUUCGCGGAGUAUCACAAGAUCGACGCAGUCACUUACGCGUCGGUUUUGCUUAUCAAUGACGUCACUACGUCCGACUAUGGCUCUUACGAAUGCGGUGCCAGAAACGACCUUGGCUUCAGUACAACUUCCGUGAAAUUGGAUGUUACAAGCGCACCAGAUCCAGUUACGUCAUUGAAGGUGACAAAUGUAACUCAUAACUCUGUAACACUGGAGUGGUCUCCAGGUUUCGACGGUGGAUUAUUCUCGUGGUACAGGAUUCGAUAUCGCAAAAUAUACGAAGAAGUGUACAGAUACGAAGAUGUUACACCAAGAAAUGCGACCUCUUUCACCGUACACGGACUUGAACGAAACUGCGACUAUGUAUUCUCCGUAAUGGCAAUUAAUAAAAUUGGACAAAGUAAAUACAGGCCGGACGAUACCAAAGCUACAACAUUGACUGCAUCAGAAGUAGGUGAACUUAACGUAGUAUCGACGGAGUAUGUCGAGAGUGACACGUCGAAGUCUGUCGUUGUUUACGUGUCAAUCACUGGUGUAGCUUUGGUUGUUAUAAACGCUGUUUUGGUUGCUUGCUUUGUCUUGAAACGGCGAUCGAGGAGGUUAAAAGAACAAGCCGGGCAAGCUUCGAAGUCGGCUACGAUUGAGAUGUACGCGCCGUCGUCAUACAACGAUACGAUGACAGGAGAGACUCUCAGCUCAGUGUCAGAAAAGUCGGAGACGUAUUCACAAGAUGGCGACGGCCAUCCGCCACCCAUACCGGAGGUGCCCAGUAUGCCAACUAGGCAUAUGCUGAAUCAGACGGACGCCUACCUAAUGGACGAGCAAGGGCUGAUCCCCCCUCCACUCGACUAUCCUCCUCCAAACUACGCCGUGUAUGAGGGUGACCACGCUAGGACCCUGCCGCACCCUCACAGGCACAAAGACAUUAGCGGGAAUAGCACGCUAGGCAGAAGUUCUGGUAAACAGAAUUACGCGCCGGUACCCAGUCCAAUGCCACCGCUAGACGGGUCCUACUACAACAUGGCUUCCGACAUGUAUCUGUCAUAUCCGCCGCUAAUAGGAGACUAUCUGCAACAGCAAUCAGGCAGAACUCCAACACCACCUCAGCAAUACGGACAGUCAAUCCAGAAACACAUCGGCAACGGCAAUAUCCCGUCACCUUCACACCUGACUUCUCCCAGCUGUUUGGAUGGUAUGGACCGUCAAUCAGCCGGUGGAACACUGCGAAGACAGCGAUACGAGAAGAUGGCGGUACCGCCACCAGAUGUGACGGUACUCCACCAGGGGAACUGUACACAGCAUCUACCAAUGAAUCCAACACCGUCUGUGAAACAGCCUCAAUCCAUCCUCAAAGACCCUUUGCGUCAUAAAUAUGGCAACUACGGUAGCCCUGUGUCCUCCAGUACACCACAAAAUACCUCACAAAUUCUAACGGUCCAAAAUUUGGGCUCUGAUGUCCCUCAGUACGGGACAAUCAAGAAAGAGAAGAAGCAGAAUGUAACAAUUGACGAAUCUUAUAAUAAAAGGAGUGAAACACAUGUUGUUUAGACUGAAACUUUAAAGCGAAGUGACUGAAGUAUAGCGCAGUGACUAAAGUAUAGCGAAGUAACUCAAGUGAAGUGAGAAUAGUGAUGUGACCAAAGUGAAGUGAAUAAAGUGUACAUAUUUCAGGGACUAGUUACAAUUUUAGAUAGAUAUAAUAUUUGAUUGCGAUACCAAGGAACUUUAUUCGAGGUAUGUAGAUAGUUUCAGCUCAAAGGUUAAUAAAUGGGCUGUAUGAAAUCGUUCGACUGACUUUGAUUGUAAUUAAGGACGUCCAAAAGACAUGAAAUGAUUGUAAUUUGAUUGGUUGAUUGUUUAGUGUGUAACUUUGAUUCCGGCGAAGGAUCUCUUUUAAGUUUAAUAUUGUUGUUAGAUUUAAUAAUUGUAAUGAGAAAAUUUAUGGGAAAAUUGUGAAUUUUGUCCCAAGUUAAAUAUUUAAUUUGACGUAAUUACAUGAAUUAUUGUUACUAGGAGAGCAGCUAGAUUAAUGAAGCGGACAUCUUAACGAAUUAGGAAGUCAUUUAAGCCAGUGUCAGUGUAUUUUCUAUUUUUUAUUAAACAGCUAUAAGGGCGAUCGUAGACUCGCGAUUUUCAUCUUUGAGCAAGUCGCAAAUCUAACGCAACCCUAAUGUAAAUAAAAUACUCAAACGCGAACUGACAAUAAUAAUAAGUUUUUAAUUUAUACUCAGCUUAGUAACUGUACAUACUUUGUAUAAUUACAAAGAUAAUUUUUACAUUUACUAGCUUUUUACAAGAUUAAUCGGUCUUAAUACAGAUACCAAAGUUUUUAAUUAUUUUAUUUUUUAAGUUAUUUAGCUUAUCUUUUAUUUUAAUUUUCAUUUUAAGUUCUUAUUAUUAUUAAAAAUUGAGAAUGAUUAAAAAUGUAACAAGAUUGAUCCAUCCAUUGAUGAAAUUCAAUAAUAUUACAAGAAUGUUACAUUUCAAAAUUUAAUAAAAAAAUCUAAUUAUAUUUUAUUUUGUUUUAUUUUAAUUUUUAUUUCCUUAUCGUAAUGCAAUUAUAAACAUAUCAGCUCGUUGAUUGGUUGAAUGAAUUGUUACUUCGUUUGUAUAGUGUAGUUUAGAGUAAUGUGCCAAAGUUAUUGAAUGUUAUGUUUUGCUCCUUAGGGCCUGCGUACACGUGCGACUUUAUGAUUAGGUAUACUUUAUGAUUUUUUAGAUUAAAUGACACUAUAUUCGACCUAAAAGUUGUAAUCAAUAUUGAAGUUGCUUAUGGAUAACCAUAAUUACCAUUAUUAUAAAAUAACUGAUGUUCCGUCCUCCAUAUAAUAUGCAUCAGAUUCAUGCAUAAGAUUGGCAAAAUAAUUUGAAAUGGUUUUUUCGAAAUCCCAAUAAUAUAUAAAAAAAAUGUUUUUUU